GUAACAAUUCGAGAAAUUGGCAACAAAUGCAAGUAGCAAUUUCAGCCAGAAAGCGUCUCCCCCCCCCCCCCCCCCCGCGCCUUCCCUGCUCUCCUUAUACUCCUAUUGAACCGAGGAACUAGUCCCCUAAAUAACAUUUCCUCCCCCCUCCCCGCCUUCCAUGGCGAGGAGUGAGCUGGACAUAUUCCCCUCCAAGCGGCACGACAAGCUCGAUUUCUUCCUGAAGAGACACUUGGAGGAGAGCGUUUUCAACAAGAUCCGAAUGUACGAGGCGUGCAUCGUGGUGUCGGAGAGGAAGAACAAGAAAGCCUUCGAGUAUGUCAUUCUGACCGACGAGUGCAUCUACUUGACGCAGAACCCACCCAAGACCAUCCACGAGGCGGUGCAUCUCAAUGAUGUGGUUGCAAUCGAGCUGGUCGAUGAUUAUCCUGACUUUCUGAGCGGCCAGGAUCGGGAGUCUGCACAACACAUUCGCAUUGUUUACAUCUCCCGGCCAGAGAAGAAAAGUCACAAAGUCCAAGUUAGAGGCAAUAGAUAUUUACCUGCUGUUAUUAGUGGCAGGAGAAAGUUUGGUGCCUUCAGCCAGGAGGAAGCUGUGGCUAGUAGCAACAUCCAGGAGAGCAGCAGCACAUCAGGAAAUUCAAAAUCAAAGCAGGAUCGAGCUCUGAAUCAAUUCACUCUCAGGGGGAACGCAGCAGAGUCCGGGGAGCCGCACUCCACGCUGAGGCACGCUGCCUCCUUCCCGACUUCUGCCUUGAAAAAUCUGAAACUAUCCGACCGGCGCAACGUGGAGAGGUCUGUACCAACGCCUCCAAUUGCCCGACCAUUGCCAGUCCCUCCGAAAGAAAAUGCAACAACAGCAACUGCUUACAGCUCAGUAUCAACGGAGCGGUUGGGAGCCAGUCCUUACCCCUGGCACUGGAACAUGAAGGAACCUGGACCUGACAUAACCCCUGAACCAGAUAAGGGAAUGACUGAACAAGUCAAGCCGAAAGAGUCCGAGCUUAACCUCUACAUUAUUUCUAUGACCUCUCUCAUAUUCCUCCAUUUGAAAAGUGCAUGGAAUAAUUAUAUGAUACAGUCGACACUCCUGCAGGAUCCAGGUUACGCGAGAGUGACAGCGCCUAUCUCUCCACCUCGAGGUCCAAAAACUCUCAGUUCAGAGGAAAUGAAUAAACUGUUCAACCAACUGAGCUCGGAAUUAAUCCAUGGGAACAACCUCUUGGAGCGGAGCUUCUCCCUGCUGCAGGAGCUGAAAACGGCAGCUAUAAGGAAUUUCACAAUUAAAAAACUCUUUUGGAAGUCAAACGAUGUGUAUCCAUUUCUUAUCAGCAAACUUCAGGAGCACUUGCUAAAGUUGGAGAAUCCCAUUAACCAGCAAGUCAAGCACAAAAUGGCAGGUCACCUACAGUUAUGUAUUUUGAUCAUGGAGACAUUAGGCGUCAUGUUCAGGGAGACGGAAACAGAACCAACACGAUUGACUCUUCUGAAUGCCAACCGAGGUAUGACUGUUAUGAACUUGCUGAAGAUUUUAAUAAGUGGCCCACAGAUUCCCAUAUCAUCACAUGCAGGUGGUAGGAACGUGCCAACCGCAUCUGAAAUCUCAACUAAUUCUCAAGAUGGCGAGCUACAGAAGCUAUUGCUAGAAUACAAGGAUGCAGUGACAGCUGUUGUGUAUGAAAUCUUCCUCAUCACUCACCAGGGAAACUGGGGUUCUGCCUCCGGGAACUUGACAGUUGGAUGGUUGAUGGUUGCUCUUCAGAAACUUCCUUCCAUGUUGCCUUUUAUUGACCAGAUGAUGAAACACAUUAUUAAGACAGUGCUACCUCCAAUACAUAUCAUGAGCCCCACUCAGGCUUUGCUACUUUUUCAACAAUUCUACAUCCUGAACACCUGCAUCCAGUAUAGCAAUGACUUGGCAGAACAUAUCAGGAAUAAAUACAGCGAAGAAUUUAGGUAUUACAUCCAAAGUGCCACAGUGGAAGCAAUGCUCCCAGUCCAUUAUGCUGUAGCCCAGCCCACUAUUCGGCUCCUUCGUCAAGUGCUCAACUUCAUCCUCCACAAGCCAAUCUGAUUUUUGAAGAGGAUUAAGCUGCAGCCAGUAAUGAGCAUCAAAUUCUCAUGAAAUGGCUGUCAGAGUAAAUAUUCACACAGGUACUUAUCUACUAGAUUUAUGGAAACCAAUAACAGUUUGAAAUCUAUUCCUAUCCCUACAUUGUGAGUCUUACAUAAAACCAUUAUUCGGAAAUUUGAUUUAUAGAAUAAUAAGCCUGUAAUUUUUUUCAUGGGGGAGUUUGCAAAAAUUGAACUUCAGUUAAUAGAUAAGGCAAGUCACAAAGUGCUAUAUAUAUUUUUGUGUUAUCUUAAUUGGCAUAGAAAGGUAUUUUUAAAAUUAAACGUUUUGGAUGUCUUCCUAGGCUAAAGCAGCUUAUGUUUGUGUUUUUUUUUAAUGAACAUGCAGUUUGUAAGUCAGAGUUUAAAAAACUGCACUACAUCAUAGACAUUGGAUGGUUUGCCACAAACAUGUUCUCAAUGUGAGAAGGCUGUAAUGUCAACUAGGCCAUUGAAAAAAUGGAACACAAGUAGUUGGAGCAGAAGUAGGCCCGAGGCCCCUCAAAUCUGCUCCACCUUUCAGAAAGAUCAUGGUUGAUCCUCAACCUAAUCCUUGAUUUUAUAAUAUCCAAAACUAUAUCGAUCUCUGUCUGGAACAUGCGCAGCAAUAUCCUAAGGUACACAACCCUCCUGAGUGAAGGAACUUCUUCUCAACUUGAUUUAGCCCACUCUUUAUCCUGAGCCUUUUAUCCUCAUUCUCAAUUGCACAGAUGAGGGAAACGGCUUCUCAGCUUCUACUUUGUCAAGCCUAAGAGUUUUAUGGUGGAGAAAUCUGAGUGUUUCCACUCCAUGUGAUGCUAAUUUCAUAAUGUACAUGUUUCAAAAUGAGACCAUCACUCAUUCUUCUAAACUCUAGACAGUAUAAGUCUAUACAAAAGAAAAACAGAAUGAGGUGAUUCCCAAUAACAUCAGUGAGAAUGUGGACUGGCCAGUCAGUCCAAAUGUUAAUCGCUUUAGAAAGGGACUCCACUUAACCUCUUGAACCUGUUCUACCAUUCUGUCAGAUCAGGGCUGCCUCAGUUCCAUAAGAAAAAUCUAUGAGUUUCAGUUUGUUCCAGAAAUCCCCUGGGCCCAUAAAAUGACACAGUUUACCUCUAUUUGCACUCUCUUCAGGCACCAUGUCCUAAGAGAGUGUUGGCAACCAUGGACUUCCAUAUGGUUUUGAUAAAUGUUAGUCCAUGAUUAUACCUGGCCAAGUAUUGUAGUGACCUGCAUUUCCCUUCUGCAGGAUGGCUGACCAGGAAACUACACUGCUCUGCUCUUAGCUGCCAUCAUCAGUCCUGUUGGAAGAGUUUUUGCAGGGUGGCAAUCAACCUGUUGGGCUGUUCUGAACCCACCUCCCUGGACCAUCAACAUAUCUGUAGUGGGGCUGAAAUGUGGACCUUCAGGUUCGGGGUCAGAGGCUAUCCCUGAUGGACCAUGGGAUCUCUCUAAUCCUUUAACCAGCUAGACCUGGGUCUUCCUGCCAGUGAAGCAUGAUGGAGAAAUGCCAGCAGAUAGGAGGGAAGCACUGUUACCAAUACUAAUUUCAUCUGGUCAUGUUUCUUACUUACUGAUGUUAUGUAGCAUAGCAAUGGGCAAGUCCAGGAAGGUAGGCAUCACAUUGAUUUGAUCCUGAAACUUAUUGGGAGGAAAGAAAAUCUUAGGUAAAUGGUCCUUCAAAAAGGAUAAAAGAUUUGCUCUGACAAAUUUCUUAGGAGUGAGGCUUGUGGUCAAGUAAUGCUACAAAUACAAUACAUAUCAUAUUGGGGAAGUUCUCUAUUUAGUUGUAGUCUAGGAAGGUCACCUGAAGUUGACAUUCCAUUGCUGGAGGUAAGUUGGAGAGACAAAACACUGCUAAACUCAAGAUGAGGAAGAUCUUGGAAUUUCUGCCUAAGGCGAACUGCUGGUCUUACAACUGACCUCCACGAGGGACCUUAUAUAGAUUCCAGUUGAACACAGAUUUUGCUUAGCUGUGACACACCCAUGGUUAAAGAAUCCACUCACCAGACCAUAAAGAAAUGAUUAACACAUGGAUGACAGCUGCCACUGCCUAUAACCCAAUAUAAAUUGCUGCCUCAGAGAUAAGCAAAAUACACCAAGGUUUACAAAGAUUGUGGAAUGUCCUUUUACUGAUAGUAUAGGGCCUUUGUAUAUGUUUUUGUAUUACUAAUACAAUUGUAUUUUUGUUUACAUGCUUAUGUAUUGGUCUAUGUAAAAGUAAACAUUUUUAAAUGAAAAUAUGAAAACCCCUGUGUGUAAAUGUUAUUUCAUUGCAAGACAAAAGGUGCAAAAACUGGUUCACUAAUCUGUAUUUUAUGUAAAAUACUUCACUGUGUUUAGUUGUCUGUGAUCCUGAGCCAUAUUACAGCCUUUUCAUGAUAUAUCAGUCACCUCUGCACCAAAAAUAGAAUUAUCUGAUCAUAUGAAUUCAGCAAUUUGAAGAACAUAUGAAAAAUGAUCAGUAAUCAACACCAUUCGGCUCCUUGAGUCUGCUUUUGGCAUUAUGGAAAUAAGGAGAUUAUCUCCUACAAUCAACAACAACAGAAAUUGCUGGAGA